AUGAAUUCCAUUAUGAAGUAUCAUAAUGAAGAAACUAAAGAAAAAAUACAAUUUUACAAUGAAAAUAUCAUUCGACCUCUUGAACUCAAAUUAGAAAAAUGUAUUUCACUCAUAGACUAUGAAAAAAAUAGAAAUAACAAUAUAAACAUCGCCAGUAUAAUAGAGUUUGUUCCGGAAUUUAAAGAAAAUAUUGAUAAUGCUAAAUCACAAAUCGUAAAACUAGAUAAAACUUUAAGUGUGCAGUAUGGAACAAUGACAAAACUUGAAGAAGAUUAUAAAAGUAUUCAAUUGAAUAUUUUACGCCAAACGGAAAUAUCUUCAAUCAAAACAGAAAAAUUUAUUGAUAUUUUUGACGCUAUUUUGAACUACAGGACGAAAAUGUUGAACGUUGUUGAAAUGAGAGAAAAAAAUAUAAUUUUAGAUAGUAAGGUAUUUCAAAAACGGUAUGAGAUAAAGAAACAAAGAGAAGAAUGUUUAAGAAGAGAAACAGCUUUGAUGUCGCAGUUAGAUAAAUUAAAACAAUUGGUUCGUCAACAAGCAAAUUAUAAUAAACUGUUGUCUCAGCAAUAUAUUCAGCUGACGAAUAAAUAA